AGGAGUAGGAUUGGCUGUCAGGAGUGAUCGGUCCGGCGAAGGAGUAGGAGGUCCGGGUCGCCAUUUUGGCAGGUUGUGAGAGCCUUCUGUCGUCGCCGUGAGCCGAGCUGUCGUUCGCCCAGCUGAGCCCUUUACGCGCGCGCGAGAGAGCUCAUUCGGCUCGAUCGAAUUCGCGACACCAAAAAGUAGAGGCCAGGCCGGUUGGUCGCGAAAUCGAGGGAAAUACUACUUGAACCAACGGGAACCGGCUUCACGCAUGUAUAUUCGCAAUCUUUACGUAUAUCGUUCUACACAUAACUCUUCAUUCCCUGUUGGUGCUCUCGAGUAGGUUUUACUCUCGUGUCGGUUGAAACGCCAGUUUGUGGUGGUGUGCGUGUGACACUAUCGUCGAGGCUGCAGAACUGUUCCUGACUGUGAUAGAUAGUACGACACGAGAGACAGAGAAGGAGAGUAGUUAGAGAGUCGAAAGGUGCGUGAGCUUCAGAGGAAAAAAAGUUCGAGUGUGACAGAAGUACAGGGACAGUAUGGCGGGACAGACGAUCAACGACAGGCUAUUGGCAGCCAGGCACAGCAUCGCCGGUCAGGGUCUCGCUAAGGCUGUCUGCAAAGCUACUACCGAGGAGAUGAUAGGACCCAAAAAGAAGCAUCUCGAAUACUUGGUGCGGUGCACGAACGAACCCAACGUGUCGAUACCUCAACUGGCGAAUCUGUUGAUAGAACGGUCGCAGAACACGAACUGGACGGUCGUUUUUAAAGCUCUGAUCACGGUGCACCAUAUGCUUUGUUACGGCAAUGAGAGGUUUACACAGUAUCUGGCGUCCAGCAACAGCACGUUUCAACUCAGUAAUUUUCUCGAUAAAAGCGGCGUUCAAGGAGCUCGUAUUGGCUAUGACAUGUCACCAUUUAUUAGGAGAUACGCAAAGUACCUCAAUGAGAAGGCUCUUUCUUACAGGACCGUAGCGUUUGACUUUUGCAAGGUGAAAAGAGGGAAGGACGACCGUACUUUGCGCACAAUGAACGCUGAGAAACUGUUGAAAACCUUGCCAGUUUUACAGUCACAGUUGGAUGCUCUAUUGGAGUUCGAUUGCACCGCUAAUGAUCUCACCAACGGUGUCAUAAACAUGGCUUUCAUGCUCCUUUUCCGAGAUCUGAUUAGAUUGUUUGCCUGUUACAAUGAUGGCAUUAUUAACUUAUUAGAAAAGUAUUUUGAUAUGAAUAAAAAGCAAUGUCGCGAAGCUCUGGACUUGUACAAAAAGUUCCUCAUACGAAUGGAUCGGGUGGGUGAAUUUUUAAAGGUUGCCGAGAACGUUGGCAUUGAUAAAGGAGACAUACCUGAUCUAACAAAGGCCCCUAGUAGCUUACUGGAUGCGUUAGAGCAACACCUUGCCUCCUUGGAAGGAAAGAAGGGAUCUGCAGCAAACACUCCAACACAGUCUGCAAGCAAUAGAACGAAUGUAAAGUCGGGAGUGUCCGCCCUGUCUUCCACCAGUACUGCGUUUGGAACAGCAGCCAGUAAUAAUCGCCUCGACCACGCCGGAAAUGGACAUAUCGAUGAAGCAUUGCGGCAGCAAGCCCUCGCGGAAGAGGAGGCUGCUAUGAAUCAGUACAAGGCGAAAGUGCAAUCCCCAUCGAGUGGACCUAGUACGAAUCCAUUCCUCAGUUCACCAACCAACAACGCUAAUCAACCAAUAGUAGAUCUAUUCAGUUCACCAUCAACGACAACGACAGCUGAAAGUCAGCCGCAAAAAGCGUCAGACGAUUUGCUCCAAUUAGCAGGGAAUCCUUUCGCGGAUAUGUUCGGAGCGCCUCAGCCUGCAACUGCAUCGACCACACAAGCGCAAAACAAUAUGUGGAUGACUAACGGUAACGGUUUCGCUGCAGUGCCCCCGGCAAAUAAUAACUUUGUUACAGAUAACAGUUUCUCUUCCGUAUUUGGUAAUCAAGACUCGAAAUCUGCUGGUGCUCCAGGAACGGCCGGAUCCGUACCAAAUCCUUUUAUGUCCGACUUCCCUUCCCUUGGUUCCCAGUCAACGCAGUCAAACGCAGCCGCUUUCGGUCUCUUCGAGCAGAGUGCCGCAAACGUUGCCGCUAAUGUGAGCGGUGGCGACGGCCAACAACAAGGGCAGAUCGGCGGAGACCUGUUCAGUGCUGGCGGCCAGGCAGAUCUCUUUGGGGGCGACUCUGCAGUGCUCAGGACCGCGGAGGGUGUCGCUGGGGACGCCGCCGCGGAGGCGGCAUCCUCUGUGACUCUGACCUCCGGUAAGUCCACUGCCACGCCGCCUCCCAGACCGCCGCCUCCCGCGACAGCGAUGAACGGUACACCUAGACCAACCUCGCCUACGAUGUCCGGAGCGGCAGCUGGGAAACUAUCCACUGGAACGUCGAGUACCACCGCCGCCGCUCCAAGUAAGAGCGCGUUCGAUGAUCUGAAUGAUAGCAUUCGUAUGGCACUGGGCGGGUCUCCGUCAAGACCGGCACCUAUAUCUCAACAACUACCAACCGCCGCGCAACAAGCACAGCAACCUCUGCAACAGGGUUUUGGCAUGUUCGAUAUGGCUGCGAAUAUGGCUGCCACCGGGCAACCGGUCAUGCCUGGAGGGCCGAUGGUCGGCUACGGUAUCCCAACCCAAGUCCCGGCGGGGUACGGUUCUCCGGCUAAGCAGCCGACCUCAGGUUUUGACAGUUUGGGCAUGAUGCUGAUGCCUACCACUGUAGCUGGAGAUAAUAAUAUUUCAGCAGCAGGACAACAGCAGAAUGCAACAUCCACUGGCAAAGUCCUGACUGGAGAUUUGGAUAGCAGCCUUGCUAGUCUUGCUCAAAAUCUGACAAUCAACAAAAGUGCGCAGCAGCAAGUCAAGGGUAUGCAAUGGAAUUCUCCAAAAAACGCUGCUAAAACUGGUGGCCCAGCUGGAGGAUGGACACCACAGCCUAUGGCAGCUACGACUGGUGCUGGGUAUCGCCCAAUGGGACAAGGAAUGACGCAACUCCCUUCAACUGCUAUGGGCUUCCCUCCCCACACUGCACCAUUGGGAAUGCAAGGUGUGCCAAUGGGCAUGCAGGGCAUGCAGGGCAUGAGGCCAAUGAUGAGCACAAUGCCUGGUGGUCCUGGUGGCAUGAUGGUCGCAGGAGGAGCUGCAUCAAUGAUGAUGCCCAGCACAAAUCCCAUGAUGGGUGCUAAUCUUCAGCAGCAACCGCAGCCACAGCAGCAGCAACAACAAUCCCAGGCUGUUCAACAGCCGCAAAAUAAUCAAGUCCAACUUGAUCCAUUUGGUGCCCUGUGAAGAGAUUAGGAAUUCUAAUUGGAAUCGAGCAAACGAAGCACCAACUUUGUAAAUACCGUGUAAUAUGCCUAGAAAAUGUGCCCUGCUUGCUCUUGUUAUUCUAUGUCAUCCGUAACGAACCGGCUCGUCCUCACGAAGAAAAAAGGAGAAGAAGAACAAUAUUGAAGUUUAUCGUUGGAUUGUUCUUCGGGAAACGCGACGGCGCCGACGGAUUCUCAUUAAUAUACAUAUUAUAUAUAUACAUAUAUUUAUAAAUAUGUAUAUAUAUAUAUAUAUUUCUACUGCUGAUUGAGUAUAAUCGUAUAUACGGAUUUACUCAGUUUACGGCGGUUGCCUUACAGAGAUACGCGUAGUCUCAAUGUAUACAUACAUAUAUAUACAUAGUCUUGCGGGACAACUAAAAGAAACAAAAGAUAAAAAAACGAAAAAAAAAAAAUAGAGAGCUUAGAGACAAAGUUAUGAAAAACGAAACAUGAAAAAUAAAAAAAAAAAAGAUUGUACGAACCGUAUUACGUUUAGAAUUCCAUGAGGUACGUGGAUGCAACUAUUCCGUAUGAGUUGACUGUGAUAGUAUUGCAUCGACAUUGUAGUGUUUUUCAGUGAUCGAAGGGAGAGCUGGAAGAAAAUGAGGGAGAGCCUGAUAGAGCGUGUACAUGUAUAUUUGAGAGCAAGAAUGAAUGGAAGUUUGAACGAAGAGACGGAGUUAUUAAUGAAAGUGUUUCGGUACAGGAGGUAGGAGGUCCAAAGUAGUUCCAUACAAGCUUUAUAUAUACUGGAACGUGUAUCGAGUUUAACUGAGAAUCAUCUUUCCAUAUAAUAUAGAAAGAGUAACUAUGUUGGAGUUGGUUUUAGGUCAUGUCGAUUCUAAACGUACAUACACAUCGUGGAAAAUUAUACAUAGUUGGCUGAUGCAUGAUGUAUCCAUAGUAAAGAUGUAAAGUACGUACGUAUUUUGCGUAUACAUGUGCACACGCGCGCGCAAUUGUGCAGGUGCAUACGUACCCGACUAUAUUUCACAAUUUGUGCGAGAAGAUAUAACGUUAAAAAUAUAAAUAUUAUCUGAAAAAGAAAAAUUAUACAUAUAUAUAUAUAUAUAUAAAUGUAUGUGUAUGUAUAUGGCGUAAUCCUAAUAAUGGCGCACCCGUGUCGCUCUGUUUCAUUUUUUCGUACUAUCAUUACCGGUAUAUAUUUUGAUUUCGACUCAGGGCGCUGAAGCAGUUACGACGUAUCCUUUAUUAAAGUAUUAAAUACUAAACGAUAUACAUAUAUAUAUAUAUAGCGAACGAGAGUGAGAUUGUGCGAGUGAAAGAGAUAUAAAAUGGAAUGUUAGGUGGUCUCACUAAUGUUCUUUAUCCGUAUACCGUUCCGAACUGUCUUAAUUAGGUAAUUAAAACGAACUAUAUAUACAAGUUAAGAUUAUGAUACUCAUGCGAUAAAUUAUAAUGAAUGUAACACGCGGAUCUACGAUUCAGUAUGGUACUAUUAAUAUAUAUAGUCAAUAAUUCCUGUUCUAAGGUCUAAUUCGGGAUUCAUUUCAUCCCCUUGGCGCGUGCAGCUACCUCCAUGAACAAUGUUUGCUAUAUAUUAUCGAAUACAUUAUAUAGUAAUAUAAAUAUCUUUAUUCCUGUCUGGAAUUCGCGACACUCGAAGAGGCUGCACGAGAUCCUAAGCGGAGAGAAAAAAAGCCCUGUAAAUUGUACCAAUUUCUUUUACUUUAUUCCCCGUGGUGUUGCAUCUGUAAACAUUCUUUCUGGCUGAUUCGAAUGGCGUUGAUUAGAGGAACACUGGUGUAUAGGAACGGAAAGAGAACCUAGAGAAACUGGAAGUGAGACUUGAAUGCUUCGCAGUCACUGGAACCUACCUAUUUGAUACUCAUUCAGUGAUCACUAUGAUUUGUGAAUUAGCAGCGGUUUUCGCUUUAUUUGAAGAAAUUUCGAACGAUGUAAAGCAAGCGCUGGUUUGUAAGAUUCUAUGAAUUUUUACAAAAGUUCGGUAAAACCAUUUGACAAAAUUGAAAAAUAUUCUUUAAUCAAUGAAUUUAUAAAACUACAUUAGCAAAUCGAGUAAAACAUAGCUGUUUUCAGCACAAGAGGAGUUUCUUGAUCAAGAUCCCAAUAUUAUGACUGCAGAAGAGAAGGCUGUAAGAAAGGAAGAGCGAAUCAAUGAGAAUGUGAGAAAGUUUAGUUCAAAGUAUUGGACUUUGGGAGGUCAGGAGUGCACAGAUGUUUCUUUCACAUUGGACCACAUGCAUAAACCACAUUCAAGAUCCAAGAGGUAUAAACUAUACUUGUUCAAGUUUAGUACGACAAAUGAUUUCUCAAGUAAUGAAUCUCUUUGUUGAAGCGAGGUUAAGAGGUUCCCAAUUAUCUAAACGUGAUUAUUCAAGGAAUUUGUGCACUCCUGAUGCGAAGUUUGUGUCUGCGACUUAUUUAACUUAGGUGUUCUUGUAUAAUAUGGUUCUCGCAGUUGGCGGAAGUAAUGGCCAUAGGAGACUAGAUCAUAAAGUACAUGUUCAAUUAACGACUACAGAUCAUGCAAGAAGAAAACUGGUCACCAUUAAGUUUAAAAGGGUGGUCUCUGUGUUGACAUUCUGCGUAACCUUGGAAACUUUCCUUUCGUACAGUAGAACCUCGUUAAUCCGAAUUUCUUGCAUAGAAGGAAACUUAUUUCGAAUUAGUAGGAAUGAGGUUUGAAUUAAUGAGGUUUUAUUUUCGGAGGAGGAACUGGACCGAAGAAGUUCUUGAACAAAGUACACUGAUAGGUAGAAAAGUUUCUUCGAUUAUAUUUUUCUUAACUCUAUUUGCAAAAGAAAAAGAGAAAGGAAAAUAUUUCUACGAAGAAACCUUUGAAUCGUGACGAACGUGAAAGAAAAUCUAAAUCGAAAUAGUUAAAGUGGAACAUCCAAUGGAGUUAGGGUUAAUGAGGUCUCACUUCGCACAAAAGAUGUGGAAACCAUGAUAAUGCAGAACCUCGUUAUUUCGGAAUCGUCCAGAGUUGUCCAGAUUAGCGAGAUUGUACCAUAUUAUCAACGAAAAGCGGAGGAGAAAGGAAAUUGUAAUUCUCUUUAGGCUUGGGAACAGUGGAAUAAAUGUAAAUCGAUCUUUUUAUACUACAUGCUUUAGCUUUCUUUUCUUUUGUUCUGAAGAGGUUUGGUUGUACGAUCGUGUAAUGCGUUUAGAACAAUGUUUUAUAUUGCAGUACACAAAAAACAAACGUUCGUGUAAACUUACUGGUGAUCGAGUGUAACAGGACAAUAUUACAUAUACAUAUAUAACACAUAUUUUAUCGAGGAUUAUAGGGCAGUAGCGAUCCAUGUAACUCUCCCCUAUAAGCUAGCGAAAGGCAAGGCGAUAUUCGGAGAGGGACAAAACAAGAAACGAACACUAUAUCAAUAUUUUUUGUCGAUCAGCCAUUAACACGUUCAGUGUUAUGAAACCCAAGAAUGAUCUCCUAACUUCCCUGUUCUUACUGCGUUCCAGCGUCGUGGAAUGAAUGUUGAACAACACAUCAUUAAUGAUCACUAAUUGACUGACAAGGGUCCAGUAGUAUUGUGAUUUGCAACUGGUAGAGUGGAGUCUGAGUGAUACGUAGCUCAAAAUGAUACUCGAAUGCUAUGUAACUUAUGUAUUGAGUGAAAUUAUAGUGUCCCCUCUUUUCUUUUUUGUACCAAUAAUUACUUAAUAUUUCAAUUAUUUUGAGCAACGUAGUGGUAGUCAGCAGAAACUGUAUACUCUAUUUUCAGUCUCUAGCUAACGUUAGGUUAAAUAGUCGCGGAAUCUCUAGUAGACAGUGAGUUGAACUUAUUGUCAUUUAACUCUAUUUCUCAUUAAUUUUCAAGUGUACAGCCUAUUCCUGAAUAGAAGUAAAUAUUUAUAUCCAUGAUUAUUGUAAAUACAAUUAGAUACUUAGUUAGAUGAAUUGUACAUAUCAUUAAUUUCUUCUGCGAGAGUCCAUUCUAUCCGAUUGUAAGUUGAUGUUAAUACAAUGUUUAACUUAUUUACCAGUAAAUGUACGGGAAUAUAAGAUUAGUCGAGGGCACUGAACGUGUUAAAGAGCGUUCUUGAGGGAAAUCCUGUGUAAAGUCGCUAGCCUUUAGCGGAAAUAUUUUGUUUAACGAGAAAGUAAAAUGAGAGAGAAUGAGAGAGAGAGAAAGAGAGAGAGAGAGAACUAAAAAAUUGGACGAGCUCGGCCGAAUCGAUAUAUCGGUAGCAAACUAGAGAGUCUAGAAACACGGAGAGAACCCGCUAUUUUUUCUGAUAUCAUCUAAUGGGAGGAAGGAAACCCUAGUAUGCCAUAUUAUACAUCUCGUUUUUCCGUUCUAUCUUCUGUUAGGACGUCUCUCUUUAACGUAAGUAGUUAUAAUUCAUGCGCGUGAAAUUCAAAACGGAAAAAGUACACCGACUAUAAAAUAUAUUAGUUGAGAUGCUAUUAUUUACGGUUAAUUUGUAUUAAUUGUCAUUGAUAUCAUUAUGCGCUACGAAUAUGUUGUAAACGAUUAUUAUGUAACACAUGAAUGGCGUUUAAUAGAGUAUUUAUUGAAAUUA